AUGGCUGCAAUGUCAGUUAUAGGUAUUGAUUUCGGUAAUGAAUCUUGUUACAUUGCUGUAGCAAAAGCAGGUGGCAUUGAGACAAUAGCUAAUGAUUACAGUCUACGAGGUACUCCAUCAUGUGUGGCCUUUUCACCAAAGAACCGUAUAUUAGGUGUAGCUGCCAAAAAUCAAAUGGUUACAAACAUGAAAAGUACUGUGUUUGGAUUCAAGAGACUGUUAGGUAGAAAGUUUUCUGACCCUUAUGUUCAGAAAGAGUUGAAACACUUCCCAUAUAAGGUUGAACCAAGGCCGGAUGGUGGAAUUGGCAUAAGGAUUAAUUAUUUAGGAGAAGAUAAUGUGUUCAGUCCUGAACAGAUAACUGCUAUGCUGUUCACAAAAUUGAAAGAGUCUGCUGCUAUUGCCUUACAAACACCGAUCAAUGACUGUGUUAUAUCUGUUCCUAGUUAUUUCACAAAUGCUGAGAGGAAUGCGCUGUUUGAUGCCGCUGCUAUUGCAGGACUCAAUGUUUUGCGUCUUAUGAACGAAACCACUGCCACAGCCUUAGCAUAUGGUAUCUAUAAACAAGAUUUACCAGCUCCCGAAGAAAAGUCAAGAAAUGUUGUUUUUGUUGACUUUGGACAUGCUUCCCUUCAGGUAGCUGCUUGUGCAUUUAAUAAGGGCAAACUGCGUAUACUAGCUACCUCAUGCGAUGCAUCCUGUGGUGGUCGGGAUAUUGACAGUGCCCUGGCUGAGUAUUUCUGCCAAGAUUUUAUUACCAGAUACAAAUUGGAUCCCAAGAAAAACCAGAGGGCAUACCUUCGUCUAUUACAAGAAGUUGAAAAAAUAAAAAAGCAAAUGUCAGCGAACAGCACCAAACUGCCUCUGAACAUUGAGUGCUUCAUGGAAGAGCGGGAUGUGACCGGAGACAUGCAAAGGACUCAGAUGGAGCAAAUCUGUGCCGAAACAUUCAGCCGGAUUGAACGGACAUUGAAGAAUAUACUUCAUAAUGCCAAAUUGCGGCCUGAAGAUAUCAGCUCUGUGGAGAUAGUCGGUGGCUCAACCAGAAUUCCUGCCGUCAAAGCACUCAUGGAACAAGUGUUUGGUAAAGUCCCAUCAACUACGCUUAAUCAGGACGAAGCGGUCGCCCGUGGUUGCGCCCUGCAGUGCGCGAUGUUAAGCCCCGCAGUGCGUGUACGCGAAUUCAACGUCACGGACGUUCAGCCGUACGCUGUUCGACUCGCGUGGGACGCUGAUCGCGGCGAAGAUGGCGAUAUGGAGGUGUUCCCUGCUUUCCAUGCAGCGCCAUUUUCAAAAAUGCUGACCUUCUACAGAAGAGAACCGUUCUCUGUCAGUGCUUAUUACUCUGAUGAAGUUCCGUACCCUGACACCUUUAUUGGUCAAUGGCACAUCAAAGAUGUCCAACCGACCCCGGAGGGUGAAUCCCAAAAGGUGAAACUCAAAGUUCGAGUUAACAUUCACGGGAUCAUAACGGUCGCCUCUGCGUCUCUCGUCGAAAAGAAACCAGACGCCCAAGAGAACGUGGAAAUGGAAAACUCCAAUGAGAAUGUCCAGGCGAGCGGACAGGAGCUCCCGAUGGACACGAACCAGGAGAAACAGGAAAAUGGACAAGAAGAGGUGAGAGAAGAGCAGAAACAAUCGUGGACACAGAGAGUAGGACAAUGGUUGAUUGGGGAGGGCAAUGACGAUAAAAAGGAUAAGAAGGAUAAAUCCAAGAAGGUUAUCGUGAAGACUAUCGAACUGCCCAUUGAGGCGCGUACGCACGGCUUCACUCAGACUGAGCUGAACAGCUAUUUGGAACAAGAGGGCAAAAUGCAGGCCCAAGAUCGCCAAGAGAAGGAACGUGCGGACGCCCGUAACGCGCUCGAAGAGUACGUAUACGAACUAAGAGGGAAAGUGUCCGAAGGGGAUACAUUACACGACUUCAUCGCUGAAGAUUUGCGGUCGCGUUUGGUCGAAAAGUUGGAUGGGCUUGAACAGUGGUUGUACGACGAAGGCGAGGAUGAGAAGAGACAGGUGUACAGUGACAAGUUAACGGAACUCCGAACGGAGGGCGAGCCAAUCAAACAGAGGCGUCUGGAGUUCGAGCUUCGCCCCGGUGCCUUGGACGACUUUGCCCUUUCCAUUCAGCUUACGAACAAGGCUGUGGACCAAUACAGAUCGGGUGAAGCCAGAUACGCUCACCUAACAGAAGCGGAGAUCGCCAAGGUGUGCGAGGCGAGCAAGAACGCCCUCAACUGGCUGGAAACCGCCAGACAGGCGCUGGCCCGCGCGCCUCUUCAUCAGGCACCGCCCUACACCACUCAUCAGAUUAGACAGGAGAGACAGAGUUUGGAGAACAUCGUGAACCCGAUCCUCAGCAAGCCGAAGCCCAAGGAGAAGACGCCGCCCCCGGCGAGCAACACGGCGGGCGAUGGCCAGGCCCCAGCCCCCGAACAGACCACGCAAGAGCAGAUGGACGUGGAUUGA